GCCUUUCUCUUCGGCUUCGGCUUCUGUUGGUCGAUGCAGGUCUUGGGUGAUGGUUCUUCCGUGAUACGGGUCGGAAAACCAAAAGAGAUGGCCAGUCUGACUAGACCAGCUCCAGCAUAAUCAAUGAAAGUCUUUAAAAUGUUCCGCAAUAUGGAAUGUUUGUAUAACUGAUUCGCCCACCGCAACGUUCGUCGUGCGAUAAAGCGAAUGAAUCUCACAGCUGGCUUAGGGUAUCUGGUGAAAUACAGCUCAAAGUCAUGAUUGAAUUCAAGGUGUAUGCGGUUGACAGGCCAUACGCUAUUGAGAGGCAUGUGCAUGAUCGAGCAAUAGGUAUGAGUAAAUGGUCCUUCAGGGCCUGUGGGAGCCGCAGGGUGGGACUCGUGAGACCUGUAGGCCAUUCGACACCACAGAAAAGGGCGAUGAAGACAGAUCAGAGUGCCAAAGAGAAGAAUGGAGGGAACCAGAAAUUGCACGAAAAUACUCUUGGGCUGCAUGGCUGCUUGCAUCGACGGACUUCUGAC